AUGAAGGUAUUAACACAAUCUAAAAGAAACAACUUUGGGAAAAAAAAUUCUCCGAAAAAUUCAUCGAAAAAUAAACCGUCGCCAUCGCCAAAGAUUAAUAAAAAUUCAAAUACUAUUAAAAAUGUUAAAAAUAAACCAUCAACUAAAAAUGAUAAAUUAUCAUCAAAGAAACCUGAAUUUACUCCCACUACUGUUACUGCUGCCAAAUCUAGUUCGAAAUUUGAUGAUGUUUUUAGAAUGGAAUUGCUUAAGAAUUGGAAUCUUGCUAGAAAUAUCAAACUUGGACCGGGAGAAAAGAAAAAACAUCUGGAAAAAUUAUUUGAAUUAAUCCAAGGCAAGAUCCCUGAAAUUUUAUUUAAACAUGAUACUUCACGUAUCAUUCAAACGUGUUUAAAAUACGGUUCAAAAGAACAAAGAACCAUUAUUGCAAAAGAAUUGGAGGGAAGAUUUGUCGAAGCAUCAAAAUUUGCACAUGAUGUUAUAUUAGAAUUGUAUGAAUGUCUCAAUGCCAAACAAAGAAAUUCUUUGAUCCAUGAAUUUUAUGGACCGGAAUUUAAUUUAUUCAAGGAAGCACAAAAUAAAUCGAUGUCUGAACUUAUAAAUGAAGAUCCUUCGAAUAAAAAAAAAAUUCUCAAAAAUCUUUCAUCAACAAUUGAAAAAAUGUUAAAAAAACCUGGAUUGAUUGGUCAUAUUAUUUCACAUAGAAUUUUAUUGGAUUAUUUUACUUGCGCAGAUGAUGACACGAAUGACAAUCAAGUCCAAGAAAAAAUCCAAGUUAUUGCAAUGAAAGAGUAUGUCGGAAAGAUAGCUUGUGAAGAAUAUGGUUACUUGGUGUUAUUAAGAGCUUUUGAUGUAGUUGAUGACACUAUCAUUGUGUCAAAAUAUGUCAUUGAGAAAAUUAUCAAAUCUGACGAUAUAUUUAAACAAAUAAUGGAAAAUAAAUGGGGGCAUCGUGUGAUAUUAUAUUUAUUGGUAGGAAGAUCCAAAAUAUAUUUCAGUCAUGAAAUAUUAAAAUUACUUGGUGAAGGCGACGAAAUAAGAAAAAUUACAAGUAAAAAAGAUCCCAUAAUUCGAGCUAAUGAACUUUGUAAACAUAUUUCACCAGCUUUAAUCAACUAUUCAAAACAUAAUACUGAUAAGAUGUUAUCAAACCCAUAUGCAACCCAAAUUCUAUGUGAAACAUUACUUCAUGCUAUAUCCAGCAUCGAAGAAAAGCAGCAGAUAUUUGAAAAUAUUGCAAAAAUAGCAAGUAAGCCACCACCAAACAUCGAUUCAUUUGGUGAAGCUGAUAAUGAUGAUCAUAUAAUGUUAUCAUAUGUAAAUCGUACUUUAAAGGUUCUGGUACAAGGUCAGCACUGGAGAAUAAAUAAAUCUCAGGAAUGUAGUGAAAAGACAAAUUCGAAUUUUGCAUCAAUAUUAUUUAACGAAAUUAAAGAUUAUAUUAGUGUAUAUGCUCGUCAUCCCUCAGCUUCAUAUGUGAUAUUGGCACUUUUAGAGGAUUCAAAAGUUGGUAGUGAAGUGAAGAAUAUCUUGAAGAAGAAUUUAGAAAAUUUUCGAAGUUCAGCUUCAGGUGAUAAAAAUUCAGGAACUAGAUUGAUUUUGACUGAGUUAAAUGAACUUCAAAUAGAAGAUAUUGGUAAUAAUAAAGAUGAAUCGAACGAAAGCAAAUCGAUGAAUAAAGGAAAAAAACGAAAGAAAAAUGAUUAA